AUGGAGUAUUCUCAAGAUGAUGGGCUUGACCAACCCAAAUUACAGACCAAACCGGAGGAGAUAAACUCCAAGCUCGAAGACGUACUAUCCGACACAAGUUUAUCGUACUUCCGGCGUCUCCGGGGUGCAGGGAGCUUAGAACUGGAUACCCUCUUCCGCCUUGCAGCUCCGGCAGUCAUUGUUUACUUGCUCAACAGUGUUACCUCCUUGUCCACCCAGAUGUUCUGUGGCCAUCUCGGCAAUCUUGAACUUGCCGCUGCAUCUCUUGGCAACAAUGGUGUCCAAACUUUUGCCUAUGGCGUCUUGCUUGGAAUGGGAAGUGCAGUUGAGACCUUGUGUGGCCAAGCAUAUGGAGCACAUAAAUAUGAAAUGCUAGGGAUAUAUCUUCAAAGAUCAACAAUCCUCCUUAUGACAACUGGUUUAAUUCUUAUGAUCCUCUACAUAUUCUCCAAGCCCUUCAUGAUCUUACUAGGCCAAUCACCUUCAAUCGCCUCGGCCGCAGCAUUGUUCAUGUAUGGUCUCAUCCCACAAAUAUUUGCAUAUGCAGCCAAUUUCCCAAUACAAAAAUUCCUUCAAGCACAGAGUAUUGUGAACCCCAGUGCCUAUAUUGCAACAGCAACGUUGGUUGUACAUAUUUUAUUGACAUGGAUAGUGUUGUUCCGAUUAGGAUGGGGGUUGUUGGGAGGUGCACUGGUAUUGAGCUUAUCAUGGUGGAUCUUAGUGGUGGCACAGUUUGUGUACAUUUUGGUUAGUGAUCGGUGCAAGCAUACUUGGAAGGGAUUUAAUAUCCUUGCAUUUUCUGGACUGUGGGCUUUCUUAAAGUUAUCCGCUGCCUCAGCUGUAAUGUUGUGCCUGGAAGGUUGGUACUAUCAAAUAUUAGUUUUGAUUUCUGGGUUGCUUCCAAAUCCUGAAGUGGCACUCGCUUCUCUCGCAAUUUGCCAAACAAUACUUGGAUGGGUGUUCAUGAUAUCUACGGGGUUCAAUGCUGCGGCAAGUGUAAGGGUCAGCAAUGAGCUCGGUGCAGGGCAUCCAAAAUCAGCUGCAUUUUCUGUUGUUAUGGUAACUUCGAGCUCUUUGAUCAUCGCAGCGAUUUGUGCCGCGGCGGUGCUUGCCUUGCGCCAUGUAAUGAGUUACGCCUUCACUGGUGGUGUAACUGUUGCCAAGGCAGUCUCAGAACUUACCCCUCUGUUGGCUAUCUCUAUUCUGCUAAAUGGCAUUCAACCUGUUCUAUCUGGUAAAUUUCUUCCUGCUUUGAUAAAAGUGGGGACUGUAGUUGGCUGUUUGGCCGUGAUAGUGACGACGAACGCUGGGGCUGUAGUGGUGUCUGUGGGGAUUGGAUCAAUGAUGGACAGUGGGUAG